AGGCGGACUUCAGCAUGAGUCCACAAGCAACCCAUCUGAUCAUCUCCCUCCUCUCCUCUCCACGCAAAGGAUCAGCAACGCAACCAAGAUCAGCAUCCAAACGCCGUUUGCUCUAGGCAAUUAGCAAUCCACCGAAUAUAACAUAACAGAAUAGCAAAGCCAGCACCCACCGCCGGGCCAACGUGCAAAGCAUCGUCCGGCCAUGGGAUUCCUCCAGAAGACCUCCAAGCAGACGGCGAAGCUCAAGUCCCUCCUCGGGCUCGCCGUCUCCCGCAUCGCCGUCGCCCGCCGGCCGCGCCUUGCUCGCAAGUCCAUCGCCUGCAGCGAUGCCAGCCAGCUCCUCGUCCUCGGCCACCUCGACCGCGCCCUCCACCGCGCGGAGCAGGUUAUCCAGGAGGACAACAUGCUGGAGGCGUUCGGCAUCAUAGAGCUCUACUGCAAGCGCCUCAUCGAGCAGGCUGAGCAGAUAGACAAGCCACAGGAGUGCGGCGAGGAGCUGAGGGAAGCGGCGGCCAGCAUCAUGUUCGCCGCCGGGUGGUGCGGCGACCUGCAGGAGCUGCUGUUUGCCCGUACCAUCCUCGCAGACAAGUUCGGCGGCGACUUUGCUGUCGCGGCCAAGGAGGGCACCGGCAUCGUCGACCCCAUCUUGGUAUGGAAGCUGUCCGGAAGCACAGCAGGCAUGGAGCUGAAGAAGAAAGUGACCAAAGAGAUCGCCACGGAGAACAACAUCUUGGUGGACUUCUCCGAGCUCCCGGAAGCAACGGAGGAUGGCAACGAUAUUUUGGUGGACUUCUUUGAGCUCCAAGAAGCAACCAAGGAAGGCAACAACAAUGUUCCAGACAGUCAGGAGCUCCUCGGCGAAAUGCCAUGCCAGGACGACAUGGAUGAAAGUUCAGAGUCGGACAAUGACCAUCCUCGCUCACAUGGAACAAAUACACCCGGGCUGGAGAGUGACGAGAAUGUGCAUAUCGUUACCAACUCUGAUGGAUCAGAUGAUGAGGAGGUUACAGGCCGGCGUAAUGAUUCCAGCAAAGAUGAGCCAGAUGAACUGGUUCCUCCAGCUGUUGAUGGUUUGUGCAGAGUACAUAAAAGAAUAACAGAUGGUUUAGACACUGAAACCACUAACCUCAGCAAGGUGCUGGUCCUGCAGGGCCAACACAGCUACUUAUGCCAGCUUCCCAAGCCGGCAUCCUGA